AUGAAGGCUUUUCUGACUGCCCUGCUGGCAGCAGCGCUGUGUGCUGAGCAAGCUUCCUCGCUGUUCUGCUACACAUGUGACAAUGAGCACACCAUCGCGAACUGUCUUAAAACCUCCAAGUGUGACGACAGUGAGAAAUACUGUGUAACCACAUACAGCCCUGCUGGGUAUGGCAAGGACACAGGGUACCGCAUGACCAAGAAAUGUUCUGCAGACUGUCCUGAGACGAACGUGAACUUUGAUGUGGCGGGAUAUUCCACCAAAUGCUGUAGUACCUCCCUGUGCAAUUACGAUGGUGCCAACAGCAUAAAAAUCAGCUACGCCGUGAUGUUCCUGGGAGUUGUGGCCAGUUUGAUCUGCGUCAUCAAGGCAGGAUUGUGA